AUGGAGGCGAGAAGGGGUGGGAAACUGACUCUCUACAGACGUGCACAAUACGGCUUCAUCAACAGCUGCCUUCGGUCCCUGGUGAUGGAGAGGUUUGGUCCAGAGACCUGGGACCAACUGAGCUCCCGUGCGGGCGUCCAGGACUCGUUCAUGACGUACACGGUGUACGACGACGCGCUGACGCUGCGCCUGGUGCAGGAGGCCUGUUCGCUGCUGGACGUGCCAGCUGACGUCUUGCUGAAGCUCUUCGGGGCCCACUUCUUCGACUUCUGCAAGCAGGCGGGCUACGACGCCAUGCUGCGGACGCUGGGAGGAAGCCUGGCGGAGUUCAUUGGGAAUCUGGACGCCCUCCACAGCUACCUGGCCCUGUCCUAUCAGGAAAUGAACGCACCAUCUUUCCGCGUGGAGGCGGCGCACGGUGGGAACAUGCUGCUGCACUACUACUCUGACAGGAAGGGCCUGCACCACAUCGUCCCCGGGAUCAUCGAAGCCGUGGCCAGCGAGUUCUUUGGCACCGGGGUGUCGCUGGUGGUUCUGAACCGAGAGGAGGAAGACGAGCGAACGGGGAAGAAGGAGCACGUUGUGUUUCUGGUCAGACAGAUUGAACAGGUGGGUGAGGCAGGCGACCGGGACCGGAACCAGGACCGGGACCAGGACCGGGACCAGGACCGGGACCAGAACCAGGACCGGGACCAGGACCGGGACCAGAACCAGGACCGGGACCGGGACCAGGACCGGGACCAGGACCGGGACCAGAACCAGGAGCGGGACCAGUGCAGCCAAGUGGGCCCCAGCAGCUUCAGUCCACGUUACGCAGACCAGCUGUGGGUGGAACAGAGGACCUUCUGUCAGGCCUUUCCCUUCCACAUCGUCUUUGACGAAAACCUGAAGGUGAGACAGGCAGGAGUGAACAUCCAGAGGUUCGUUCCGGGUCUCCGGGGCCGAGAGGCCAAACUGAGCCAGUUCUUCACCAUCAUCCACCCACAGGUGACUUUCACCAUUGACAGCAUGAGGAAGUUCAUCAACAGCCAGUUCGUCCUAAAGAGCUUCAGGGAGACGCCGCCGACGCUGAAGCUCAGAGGCCAGAUGCUGUGGAUGGGUUCUCUGGGCUGCAUGUUGUACCUGUGCAGUCCGAAGCUGCGGAGCCUCCAGGAGCUGCGGGACGCGGGCCUCCACCUGGCCGACCUGGCCCAGCACGACGCCACCCGCGACCUGGUUCUGCUCAACCAGCAGCGGCUGGCUGAGAUGGAGCUCAGCAACCAGCUGGAGCGCAAGAAGGAGGAGCUGAAGAUCCUGUCGCGGCACCUGGAGGCCGAGAAGGAGAAGACGGAGGCCCUGCUCUACGCCAUGCUUCCGCGUCACGUGGCCAACCAGCUCAAAGACGGGCGGAGCGUCCGCGCAGGGGACUUCGACGUUUGCACCGUCUUGUUCAGCGACGUCGUCGCGUUCACGAGCAUCUGCGCCGCCUGCGAGCCCAUCGACAUCGUGCGCAUGCUCAACCUCAUGUACUCCAAGUUCGACCGACUCACCAGCGUGCACGACAUCUACAAGGUCGAGACGAUCGGUGACGCGUACAUGGUGGUGGGGGGCGUUCCCGUCCCCACAGACAGCCACGCCCACAGGGUGGCCAACUUCGCCCUGGGCAUGAGGAUAGCUGCCAAAGAGGUCCCCAACCCUGUGACGGGACAGCCCAUACAGAUCCGCGUGGGCCUUCACACGGGCCCGGUGCUGGCCGGGGUGGUGGGGGAGAAGAUGCCGCGCUACUGCCUCUUUGGAGACACGGUCAACACCGCCUCCAGGAUGGAGAGUCACUCCGUGCCUGACCACAUUCACCUCAGCGGCUCCACGUACAGGGAGCUGAAGGACGCCGGGUUCCACAUGCAGGAGCGCGGAGAGAUCGAGGUGAAGGGCAAGGGCCUAAUGACCACGUACUUCCUGUUGGGGAACCUGCUGGUGUCGGAGGACGGCAUCAUGGGAAAAGAGGCCGCGGAGACCCGCCUGUACGGGGACGGGCUUCGCCGGCAGAGCAGCAAAGAGGCUGUGAGGCCUGAACCAGGCCACCGGGACGCGCUCUCGGAUAAAGGCGCCGCUCCGGACCCCGGGUGCCUGGACAGAACCGCGCCGCCACACGAGAGCAGCACCAGCGGCCGCAUCGGACCUUCAAACGAGCCCCGGAGCUCGUUGUGUGUCCUGCUCUGACGGAGAGACGCUCUGCUCCCCAGGCAGCUGAUCCACAGUCUGUCAGCUUAGAUGUAUCACGUCAGGUUUUAUUAGUAACAGGUCUAGUGGGGUCCUGAUAUUUCCGCGUUUGCCUUUGCUUUGAUUGUGUACUGGACUCACAUUGUCAUGAGGAUCAUGGACGGAUCACUGACAGGGCCUACGGAGCCAAGAACCAGGAGCCCAAGGGUUUACGGAGGCUCAGGGCCAGAGCGUCUGUUUGAAGUGACUUCAAAGUUGAGUGCAGCCUCGUCGUUUGGGCUUGUUUUGUGUCUCUGUCAGCGGUGGUGGGCCGAGCUGUGUGGAACCAUGCGAUGGAUUCAGCGGGCCCGUUUGGGUCAGAACAUCAUAAUCUAGAUGAUAAUGAGAAGCCAGAGUUGGGAGGAAAAGGUUCUCGUAAAGCGAAGAUUUAUUAGAACGGACGCUUAAAAACUGCUAAAUAUUCUAGUUUAUUGCCAUUUUUAAUAGUUUCAAAUUAACAUAGACUGAAUUGUUGAUUGUAAAAAUUAACGACUGAUUUUAUGUUCCUUCUUCAUGAUAUAAUACGUUCUCAUUAGCACAGAGAACAGCUCCAGGUCCAGGUGAGUGCUUCCAUUAGGCUGGUAGUAACAGGUCAUCCCUUGUGCAGCUGUACUUGUCAGAGUUGACAGAGAGAUGGAAGCGAUAGCUCAUCGUUAGCUUGUGGUUUGUUUGUCUCUGUCUGGGAAACUAAAAAUACAUCUUGAGUCAGCCUGU